AUGCAUCUCUCCACCGGCCUAGCACCGGCCGUCUUGGCCCUCACCAGCGUCCAAGCCGCCCUCAUCCCUUCCACCACCACCGGCUCCCCCCUAGCCGCACGAGACGACACGGCCUGCACCUGGACCGACCCUGUCUUGGGUGUGCUCACCUGCGAUAUAUGGGUGGUGCACCUCUUGCGCGACGCCAUGACGGUGCAGAGCAACGACUUCGUCGGUGAAGUCGAGGCGGGGCUGACCGAGGCAUUGAUGGACGUCGCGAACGGCAACGCGUGCCGGCCCGACGUGGCGGCCCAGGACCAGUACACCGGUUUCGAGAUAUUAUACGACGGGGUUGCACGCGGGGACGAGGCAGCCGCGGCUGACAAUUCGCAGUCCAUCAACGCUCUCUGCCUGCCGGGCAUGAUCGGCGAUACGGCGAGCUUGACGUGCUGGGGUACGAAGUAA